UCGUUCGCACCGUUGCGGACGUUUUGGAUUAUAAAAUUUGAAAUUGUAACUCACAAAAGUCUCCGGUCAUAACUCGAUCUGUCCAUCAUAUACACGUCGGCCGCGGACUACGAAACAACAGAAAUUUUGUAUUGUGUUAACUUGGUUGUUUGUCUUGUUGAACAGGGGAACUGGCCGUUUUGAGAAAAUCAAAUCCUAAUGCCGACCUGCCAACGACGAAACCGAAGGUGCUAACUCGUCCAACUUUUAAAAACUCCCGCGCGUGUUAUAGUAGAUGGACUGACGGCUGACAAGAUAUAGCCUUAUUUCAGAACUAUUUUUCUUUAAAAUUUACCCUUGCCUAUUAAAUACAUAAAUACUAUAAGUGCAAAAUUAAACAACUACCGUUUACUGCUGAAAAACAAUAGCAACAAAAAUGCAGAACUCCCAAUCGUCUUGCGCUUGGUAUCUGCCAUGGUCUCUGGCCGCGCAGCAGCAUCAGCAGAAAAUAAUGCAAAUGCAGGCGCCGUUUUUGGAUAAAAUGGGAACUUCGUCGGUGGGAGGUAUUUUCGCAACUCAGCCUCAAGUCCAACAACAACUAUCACCAAACACGGCAGCAGCUCCUCCGUCAAACUAUCAGCAGCCGACUUUGCAUCCUAGCGCAGCUGCCGGAACCCACUUCCCGAUGAGUUCCGUAUAUAGUUUUGGGCCAACAUUACUAAGUGCAACCCAGUUGGCAAGCUACCCAGGACAGCUAAAUCCGUGUCCCCAGUCACACCACCACAGUCACACACAAACUCAUUUGAUGCCAUCUUCCAUGUUCUCGUCCUUGCCUGUGAGUGCAUACUAUGCACCAGCUUCAGGAGUCUCCGUGGCUCAACAACAAUCACUUCUGCCAUCAGCUGGACGAGGAUUGACCCAUCAGACAUCGUCUCUGUCCAUGACAGUACAACCAGACCCGCGAGCAUCCUCGUCGGCAUGCGCUAUCGUUCAGCCACUAAAUUGCCUGCCACAAGAUUUUCAUCACCUGUCGUCUAUUAACCUCAACAUGAGCAGCGUCAUUGGACUGAGGAACCAAGCAUCUGCUCUCUCAACCAUUAAAGUUGUACCAAAUGUUGAAUUGUUGAUAAACAAAAAGGAUAUAUUAACGAGGGAGUCCGAAAACGAGAAACUGAAAAUUCCAGAAAAGAGGAAAACUGAUAAUAGCGAUUCAAUUAAGGAUUUAAAAAAAGCCAAACUUGAAACUAAAGCUCUGAAAGCCAAAAGACCCGGAUUUACGGAUGAGCGAUAUCAAGAGACAUCCUACUAUAUUGAAAAUGGUCUUAGAAAAGUCUACCCAUACUACUUCACCUUCACAACGUUCACGAAAGGACGUUGGGUGGGAGAAAAGAUUCUGGAUAUAUUUUCUCGGGAGUUUCGCGCUCACCCUUCUGAAGAGUACGAACGUUGUAUUCAAGCAGGCACAUUGACAGUUAACUUCGAGAAAGUCUCUAUUGACUACCGGCUAAAACACAACGAUCUUCUUGCAAAUAUAGUUCACAGACACGAAGUUCCUGUGACGUGUCACCCAAUUAAAAUAGUGCAUAUGAAUGAGGACAUUGUAGUUGUUAAUAAGCCUGCAUCAAUACCUGUACAUCCUUGUGGCCGCUAUAGGCACAAUACAGUUGUUUUCAUACUCGCUAAGGAAUUCAACCUCAAGAAUCUGCGCACAAUUCAUAGGCUUGACCGCUUAACAUCCGGCCUAUUACUAUUUGGACGGAGCCCAAAGAAAGCACGACAAAUGGAGCAGCAAAUUCGCAAUAGACAAGUAGAAAAAGAGUAUAUAUGUAGAGUGGAGGGAAUUUUUCCAGACGAAAUCUUAGAAUGUAAGGAACCCAUUGAGGUAGUAAGUUACAAGAUUGGGGUGUGUAAAGUCUCGCAACGAGGGAAAGAUUGUACCACCACUUUUAAAAAACUUUCACAAAACGGCAAAACUAGUGUGGUACUGUGCAAACCACUUACUGGACGGAUGCAUCAGAUCCGGGUACAUUUGCAAUAUCUAGGUUAUCCAAUUCUUAACGAUCCACUAUACAAUCAUGAAGUCUUCGGCCCAUUAAAGGGGCGUUCUGGGGAUAUCGGUGGAAAGUCAGACGAUGAACUUAUACGAGAUCUCAUUAAUAUCCAUAAUGCAGAGAACUGGCUAGGAAUAGAUUAUGAUUCCGAUAUAUCUAUAUUUAAAAAUUCUAAGGACGAAACAGAUGGGGAGAGCCUUAGCAGCGACCAAAUUUUCGCUGUUCAGCAUAGCGAUGACGACGUGGGUGUGAAUUCACGGGAAACUACUCCGCCUUGCGUAGAUCCUUCCCGAGCUGAAGUGAACGUCAAAAAAUUAGAGCCUGCCAACGUUUCGAGGGAAUUUUCAUGUACUGAUAUGAAGGAUCCUACCAAAGUUUCGUCAGUACUGCAGACAUCCGAUACUACCCACGCUGUCGAGGGUGGAAAUGUGGAUGUUGGUAUUAAGCUAAAUAAAAUCACAACAGAUGCGCAUUGUUAUGAGUGCAAGGUGCACUACCGUGAUCCAAAGUCUAAGGACCUUAUCAUGUAUCUGCACGCUUGGAAAUAUAAGGGUCCUGGAUGGGAGUACGAAACUGAAUUUCCUUAUUGGGCUCGGACAAAUUGGGAGAACUCAGAGUCUACUUAAGUAGCAAUAAAUACUGUCAUAUAACCUUGUAAAGGGGGACUUUGACUAAAUAUUGGCUAAGCACAGAUGAAAGCAUAUUUGACCACAUCGAGUAUAUGACUUCUGAUAAGAAUGACAAACAAGAGGUGUCCGUCUGUCAGCUUCUUUCAGUUAAAGCUAUCUAGCCGAAACAUUUCACAGACCUCUCCAUACAGUUAGUACAGCCGUUAGGAACCGCCAAGACAAAAUAGGUAAAGGCACUAUAAAUCGAAAAAUAUGUUUUUGUUAGAGGAUAUGUCUCUCUUUAUGAAUAUAAUGUAUCGUGUACUUUAUAGCCAAGUCAAAUUGACUAAAAUUCUGAUAAAUUUUCAUAUAGCUGAUAAACAAGUGAUAAAGAGGUAUGCUUCGGCCCCCGAAACUAGCCUUUCUUUGAUUUUUUUAAGUUUAUAGAUGUACAUAUUAAUUUACUAUAAUCUUAGAGAUACAUAACUAUAUAUUAGGCUGGGCCAAAAAAUAAUUUUUUCCAAAUUCAAACGGGACACCCCCUAGUUUUGUUACCUUGGAUUUAA